GAUGUAAAGCCGUGGUCGCUACUCCGUAAACCACACAGGGCCCCGAUGGAGUCGCAGAGAUCAGCUGUGCGUCACAUCUUGUCACGAUAAACAAGUAAUGAGCGGCGAAAUCACACAAUUAAACAAUGGAAGGAAUCCUAUAUAAGUGGACCAAUUACAUAAGUGGUUGGCAGCCUCGUUGGUUUGUGCUUGAUGGAGGAACUUUGUCAUAUUAUGACUCACAAGAGGAUGCCUGGAAAGGUUGCAAAGGCAGCAUUAAAAUUUCAGUUUGUGAAAUCCAAGUUCAUUCCUCUGACUCGACACGUGUUGACUUGACCAUACCAGGAGAGCAGUACUUUUACCUCCGAGCCAUCAAUGCGGCAGAAAGGCAAAAGUGGCUGGUGGCGUUGGGAACGGCCAAAGCUUGCCUUACUGACAACCGAACAAAGAGAGAAAAAGAGCUCCAAGAGAACACAGAGGCACUGAAAACUAAGAUGUCAGAGCUCAGGUUGUAUUGUGACCUUCUUCUGCAACAAGUAAACAAGAUCAAGGACAAUGAUGAGCUAGGAGUCACAGAGGAGGUUGGCAUAGACAAUGGAAACAUGGUGAAGUCAACAUGCACCACUUUCCUCAAGACUCUAGAAGAAUGCAUGCUGAUAGCUAAUCGUACUUUUAGUACAGAUAUGGCAACGCAGAGUCCACCAGGAUCUCCUCCAGUUGCAGCUAUCAAACCCCAAAAGAUAAAACCUGUGAACCAUUUAAAUCACAACCUCGGAGAGAAAUGGAGAGAUUCAAUCUCAGGAGAAGGGAUUGCACAAGACAACCAGAGUCUCGACUCUGGAGCAGAGGGACCAGAUGAACCAGGUCGACCUGAACGUCCUCUCACCCCGUCAGACACUGAAGCAAGCAAAGUCAACAGCUCGGUCCAUGCAGAGCGAGUUAAUCCUACUCUAAACACUACCCAGAAUGCCUCUGAGGAUGAACACUAUGACCAACUGGCUGUGGGGACUAAAGCCGCCGAUCAGAACACGACCAAACCCGAGUGUAAUCACAAAGAGGACCAAAGUCAAGAGCACGAAAACAACAACAACGACGACGAGGACACGAGCACCGUCCAGCCGCUGCUGCCACAACAGGCCACCACAGACCAAGACGAGCCUCAAAAUGACGACGAGGCGUUCAGGGAUUCACUAGAGCCUGAAGACACAGAGCAGGUGGAAACUUUCUUCAGCACAAUGGGUCACAGAUUUAGUGAUAUAAGACUGGACGACGACAAUGGUAUCCCUACACAAGAGUUUUUGGACUCAUGCUAUGCAAUAGUGCCUGUAUUAGACAAACUGGGGUCCACAGUCUUUGCGCCAGUAAAAAUGGAUUUUGUUGGAAAUAUUAAGAAAAUUCAGCAGAAGCUGAUGUCAGACCCCGACAGCUUUCCCACACUACAGUCCAUCGUGCUGCACGAAGUCCACAAAAAUGUCGCCCAGGUGCGAAACUCGGCCACCGAGGCUCUGCUGUGGCUCGGACGAGGCCUGAAGUUCCUCAAAGAGUUCCUGUCAGAGGUCAACGCAGGAGAACAAGACAUCCAGGCAGCGCUUAAUAACGCCUAUGGAAAGACUCUUCGACAGUACCAUGGAUGGGUUGUGCGAGGAGUAUUUGCAUUGGCCCUGAGAGCUGCCCCGUCUUAUCAAAGUUUCACCGCUGCCUUAGUGACGAGAGAGGGCGACGAGCUGCAGAGCGGUUUCAUCAGCAGCGUGCACCGGGACCUGGGUGUGUACCUACCUGCCAUGGAGAAGCAGCUGGCCCUCCUGGAUGCCCUGUACGAGGAAUAUAACCUGGAUUCGGACGAGGUGGUGUGAAAAUCGGAUUACAGUGAUAGUCAGAGUUCAAGGGGAGUUACGGAACCUGACGGCAGGAGCAGAGUAGUGUCUCAUCUGCUGAAGGAAGGUGCCGGAUGCAAAACAACGUGAGCUUGUCCCGUGUCAGUGUGAGGUGUUUCCAGUGGUUCCUGAACUGUGUGACAGUGGAGCAGCUCGGUGGGAAGAAGGUAUUGAUGUUUGUAUCAGCCCAUAAGGAGCAGUGCAAACGUUAGCAACUAAGACUUUAUGUAGAUUCCAGGUCUUGGUCAAAAGACCGUUGAUGGUGUCAGGGUCUGAAUCCCUGUUAUGCAGACUCUAUGUUUUGGCUUUGUAUGUACUUUAUGGAUUUGAAGGUACAUAACCACAAGGUAUUUCAGCUCCACUCUCCGAAAAGAUCGUUUUUUGAUUCACUUUGAACUGAGGAGAACGCAAAGGAAGUGUUUUUAACCAAGGUUUUUCACUUUGUUGUUGAUUGCAAGAAUAACGUCAUGUCAUUAACCCAAAGUACUAACAAUGUCCGAUUCUUAUAAUGCCUUAAGUAUGUGAUGGGCUCACAUACUGGGCUGACUUUUAAUUAGUAUUAGUUCAUUAUUUUUCCUGCACUGACAUUUUUUCCCCACAAUUGUAUUGUAAAUUGUGAAGUUUGACAGCAUAUUUAUUUGCUCUACUUCGUCGAUGAGCUGACGUCACACGGGACCAAAAAUGGAAAAUGCACACGUGAAUGGCUUUUGCCUCCUCUGCCUACAGUACGACAACACAGACGGAUGAAAUACUGUCAUUCUGAAAUAAUCAAGGACUGACGGCGGCUGAAUAUUUAUGUGGACAUCCUUCCUCUUUUAAGUUAUAACGUUCACAGUGAUGUCAUAGUUUCAUUCUGACAUUUGUGUAAAUGUAUGGACAUUUGUAUCCAUAGAGCCUGUUAAUUGUUAGCAUGCUUUUAUUUAUUGAGAGGUGCCAAUAGAAGGAGAACACAAGCCAUGGUCUGGAAGUAAAUUGACAGCCAUUAAGGGGAUUGUUUGCUAAAAUACAUAUGUGCUUAUUAUGAGGUGUCUCCUCCCCCCCCCAUUCUCAUGUUCUGCAUAUAUGUCAGUGUUCUUACCAGCUGUAUUCUUUCAUUUAUGUCUAUUCAGCGAUGAAAACACUUAGUGGCCAGUGUAAAGUGCGACUCUUGGUCCGCUGAGCUCGUAGAACAAAGUAGGAACAUUCUCACAGGGAGUGCAACAGCAGGUUUACAUCACAAAUGUGCAAUAGGCCAAUUUCCUCUUAUAGAAACGUUUCCAAACCUAGAAAUUUGCAAUUGUAAAAUGAUUAGCGUUUGGUUUUCCUUUUUUUUCUUAUCAUUGUGUAUAAAAUGCCAUUUGAUUUUUACUUAAUAAAUAAUGAAGUUGU